UCGGUGUGAUGGCGGCCGCAGUGUUGGCCGAGGGCUCGGUUUCGUCCGGUUUUUCUGGGAUUAUACAUAACGGUCACGGCGGAGCGGCAUCUGUCCCCGGCCUGGGACCCGCUGCGUGGAACCGUUCGCUGGAGAGAUCUCUGGAGGAGGCGGCGGUGACCGGAGCCCUCAACCUGAGCGGCAGGAAACUGAGAGAGUUCCCGCGGAGCGCAGCCCGACAGGACCUCAGUGACACCACGCAGGCCGAUCUGUCUCGGAAUAGAUUAUCAGAAGUCCCGGCUGAAAUAUGUCACUACAUUUCCUUGGAGAGUCUAAACCUUUAUCAGAACUGCAUUCGCUAUGUGCCAGAGGCCACGCUAAACCUGCAGGCUCUGACCUUCCUUAAUAUCAGCCGUAACCAGUUGACUUCACUCCCUGGGUACCUCUGCAGUCUGCCUCUAAAAGUCCUCAUUGCAAGUAACAAUAAGUUGGACUCUUUGCCAGAAGAAAUCGGUGCAUUGAGACAUUUAACUGAGCUGGAUGUCAGCUGCAAUGAAAUCCAGACACUCCCUGCACAGAUUGGAAAAUUAGAAUCUUUACGGGAUUUCAACAUCAGAAGGAAUCACCUAAUGCAGCUGCCAGACGAACUCGCCGACCUGCCUCUGGUUCGUUUGGAUUUCUCAUGUAAUAAAGUUACCUCUAUCCCAGUAUGUUACCGAAAUUUGCGCCACCUGCAGAACAUCACUCUUGAUAACAACCCUCUACAGUCACCGCCGGCUCAGAUUUGUAUUAAGGGCAAAAUCCACAUAUUCAAAUAUCUAAACAUUGAAGCAUGUAAGAGUGCACCAGACCUGCCUGAUUAUGAAAGAAGACCUCAUGGCUUUAGCACGUGUCAUGAUGACACCUAUCCUUUACGAACCUACGGUGCUCUUGACUCUGGUUUUAAUAGUGUUGACAGUGGAGACAAGCGGUGGUCAGGGAAUGAGCCAACAGAUGAGUUUACAGACCUUCCUCUUCGCCCUUCUGAUGCUCAUAAAGAUCUACGUUUGCGGAAAGACCCCCAACCACCGGAGCACAAAGGCAACGUAUUUAUUCCUAAUGGGGGAGUGGAGCAUGAUUUGGAUCAGAUUGAUUACAUAGACAGUUAUGCUACUGAGGAGGAAGAGGAAGACGCAAGGCUAUCUAGAGGAAACAGUCUAAGUUCACAGUUCAUGGCAUACAUAGAGGAGCGCCGAGUAUCGCAGGGGGUGUCUCCUUCAAAACAAACUCCAACUAGAGGAUAUCACAAAUCUGACGAAAGGCAGAGGCAUUUAAGCAGAGACCCUGAAGAAUUAAGAAGGCCAGAGUCACUAAGUUUACCACACAGCAAAGAUAGACAACCUUCACCAUGCAGGAAUGUGCUGAAUUCUAAUCACCUAAUCUCUAUGGCAAACAGCCCUAACCAGACAGAUGCAGACCGUAGAAAAGAAAUUAUCGAAAAUACGAGAAAGCAGGCCCAGAUAGCAGCUCAAAGGUAUGAAGAGGAGAGAAAGAAGGACAGCCUCAUGCAAGCAGGUGUUCCGAGGCAGAAUGUUGUGAGCCCUCAGAAACCAAGUCCACUGAGCAAUGAGAAUGGCUUUGAGCCACUCUUUUUCUUUGAGGUUGACAAUAGCACCAAUACCAUUAAGAGGAGGCCAGGAAACCACAUGCAGACCGAUGAGCGAUCGUCUCUUACUGCAGUUUCACCCGCUUCUCAGACAACUUCUUCCUCUGCUUACCGAUACUCCCCACAACGACCCGAGAGUUUUUUGUUUAGAGCUGCGGUGCGAGAAGAAGUUAAGAGAGGUAACACCCCACCACCCAAUGCUUCUCCCAGUGAGUCUGCAACUUCCAGAACAACACACAGUCCUAAAUUAAGACAAGAAGAAGUGGAAGUGACAGAAAUGCUAAGGAAGAACAUUGAGUCACGGUUAAAAGUUUCCCUCCCCGACGACUUGGGAGCUGCCCUGACAGAUGGUGUGGUCCUGUGCCAUUUAGCCAAUCACGUACGGCCUAGAUCAGUACCAAGUAUCCAUGUUCCUUCGCCAGCUGUUCCAAAGCUCACUAUGGCAAAAUGCAGACGAAAUGUGGAAAACUUCCUUGAAGCUUGCAGAAAAAUAGGUGUUCCUCAGGACCGUCUGUGUCUGCCUCCCCAUAUUCUUGAAGAAACUGGUUUGGUGGAAGUAGCAGGAACCGUGCAGGCCCUGCUGGAUUUAGCACCUCCAAAACAUCUGUCCCCCACCACAGUUUGAUUCCACAACCUCAUCUAGGAUCCGGAACUGAUGCACUCUCAUGUUUCCCAUCACUGUUGUGCAGGAUCAGCAUCAUUAAAAUCAUGACACACAACACCUAAAGCUUCAAUCAGUCCACAACAGUUUUUUCGUUACAUUUUAUGAAUUGAAAAAAAAAAAAAAAAGCACCCAGACACUGCCCUGUUACCACUCCCAACAUCUGAAGCACUUUGUUGUUUUUUUUCGUUUUAUUUGUCAUAAGAAAUCCCACUUCAUGCCCUGCAACAUUCUUGUGUACUUGUGGUUGGCUCAACCAAGAGGAUGGGCUAAUAGACAAAUAGAGGAGGUACAAUGAGAAGCUCUUUUGUCUGCAAUACUGAAGGCUGGUUUUAUUCACCUGAAUAGAAUUUUGAAACAUUUGUUUAAUGUUUUUUUUUUUCUCUCACCAAACUUGGAGAAUACCCAGAUGAUUUUUAUCUGUAUGAGAAGAACCUGCAUUGUCAGUGACAUUGUGCAUAUCUCUGUAUUCUAGACUAGACUGUUGCAGAAAAAAAAUAUUUACAAAUGCAGACAUCAAUCUUGUUAUCGCGGUGUGCCUAACAUCAAUAGCCUUCUGCAAAACAGUCUGCAAGUGAUGGACAGGACUAGUAUGGGAAGAUUGACUAUGCAUAAGGCAAGAGAACAUUUUCAUGUUUGAUUGUGGAAACUGGGGCAGAUUACUGACAUUGUUACAUGUGUACACAUUACAUCCAUUUCCUUUUGUGGAUGUUUUGGCCAGAGAUGACACUUUGGGUAUGCUAGCUCUGAGUCCUUUAUCAAGUUUCUGUGAUACAUCAGGGACCGACUGAGGUUUUGUUUGUUUUUUUAAUUUAUGAUUUUAUUUAUUUUGUUCUUUUAAAGUUUUAGGACAUCCCAGCUCUGGGAAACACAAGCACGGCAGAAGACCGAAACAAGUUUAUAAUUGGAGCUAGAGAAUAUAUGUAUAAAGAAAUCUUUGCUUCAGACAUCCUGCAUAUGUAUAUAUUUUGAUUGGUAAUGCAUACUUACAAAGAUUGAAAUAGAAGAA